GUACCAGAGUACCAGAAUCUUUACUACUGCUGCUCCUUCUCUGCCUCCUACUGUUCUGCAACAAGAACGGAACGGAACGAUGAUGAUUGGGAUUUUAGCUGCAGUCCUGGUUUCUGUACUCCUGCACUCAGCGGGAGCCACAGAUACUGGUCCAUUGCUGUGCCAGCCAGCACCCAGAUGUGGGGACCAGAUUUACAACCCCUUCAAGCAGUGCUGUGACAAUGACAUCAUCCUGCCCCUGAAUGGCACCAGCCUCUGUGGCCCCGGAUGCAUCUACUGGCCCUGUUUCCAGCAUUGCUGCCUGGAGUCCUCAGCUUCCAAGAACCAAGGGAUUGUCAGGUUCAAGGUCCCAGGCUUGAAGCCCGACUGCAGAUCCUCCCCCAUCUCCACAAUCUGUGCCCAGGAGCCUCACCCCACCAGCUCUCAGAUUGAUCUGACUUCCUCUAGAACAUCUUAGAGAACAGAGUUUCAAGUCAUUUCAGAAUCUGAUAUUUUGUAAUCAGCCAUUUGGAGAGUGAUUUUUUUCACUAUUUCUAUUUUUUUUAUUAUUAUUAAAUUGGUUCUUUGAUGGUUUCACACAUGUAUAUAAUACAUUCUUGUUAUGUCCCCCCCCCCAAUCCACUCUAAUCUCCCUCCUACCACAGUAAAUGCCUCCCCCUCUACUUGUCCCUUUCCUGGGUUAAUGGUGUAAGGCUUUGUUGUAUGACCUACUCAGUUUAAUCUGAUGCAUCUGUGUGACCACUGCAUUGGGACUAUUCACUGUAGCCUGAGAGGUCACCAGUGGCACAGAGCCGAAGUCACUGACUCUGCCUUCCCCCAAAUUUAUCCAAAGGAACAAUUCAGAAAUGAGAAACAGAGCCCCCUAAAUUCUUCUCUACCCUUUCCUGGCAUUGAGGGGCCCAUUCUUGGGCAGACCCAGUGUAGUUAUCCAGAGUUGUAAGUUCCUGCUCGCAGUGACUGUGUCUUGCACAGAAGAUGGCAUUUUGCAGGGCUUCUCCCCAUCUUCCAGCUUUUACAAUCUUUCCCUCUUCGGCAAUGUUCCCUGAACCUAUAGAAGACACAAAACUGUCUAAUCUAGUGCUGAGCACUAAACAAUCGCUGUUCUCAGCACCUUGUGCUGCUCAUUCUUCUCUUCCUUCAAUGUGGUUCAACUAAAGAGAAGACUCUGUGAUUAAAACCAAGAAGAGUCUUUACUGUCUGUGAGUAUAAACAUUCUUAUUUAGAAAGUAGUCCAAUGCUUUGUGAAUUUGAAUAAUGACAGAAGUUAGCAUGCACACACACACCACCACCACCACCACCACCACCACCACCACUACUCCCCCCACCCAGGCCCUACGACCUUCCAUGCCAUGGGAUUUUGAGUGGGUUUAUGGUACCACAUAUGGAAUCCCUCCUGUGGAGUGGACCUUCAACCCAAUCAGAGAGCAUGUUGGUUACCCACAUACCAUCUGUGCCACUAUUGAACAUCUUUCCUCACAGGUUGAUAUCAUAGUUGGAUUCAUAGCUGGGUAAGACUUUCCCCACCCACCCCCCAACAGCCUGCAUGGCAUCUUCUGGCACUAUGAAAGCUACCAGGCAGGAAGGAGGCUUCAAACACAGCUCCAUCUCCAUGGCUCUGUGUCGUGUGACUGUGAUGUGUGAUGCCUUUGGCAACCAAGUGUCAUCACCUAGUUCUUUGGGCAACCAAGAGCAAAGACAAGAGCCUGCGUUGUUUCUUGAGUCCAUAGGGGCUCCCUGACCAACCAAUCACGAGCAAUCCUACUCCUGGCCCUGGAGUUUUGCUCUAUAACCCAUCACUUCCAGGAGAGCUUUGGCCAGCCAUGCAGGGUGCCUCCCUUCCAACUUUUAAGGCUGUUUACAAGAUUGUAGGUUUAUAUGGAGCUUUUUCUUCUUUUCUCUCUCUGUCUCAUUUUUAUCAUUUUUUAACUGUAAAAAUGUAUGAUAGUCACAUUAAUUCACUCACCUAACUCCUCCUAGAUCUGUCACAACUUCCCAUUUACCUACAUUAUGAACUAAGGGAUUAAUGGUUCUAAAAUCCAAAGGCAGUGGAUGACUAUAAAGGAACAGUCUUUGCGGGGGGGGGGGGGGACACAUUGGGGCACAUUGCACAUAAGGACUCAAGCCAGACAAAAUCCCAACAUGGAAAGAGUAAGCAUGCAGUCCUAACCAUAGCUCAGAAGAUAAUGUCAACUGAUAGUUGCUAUGAGAGGGAGAGCCAAUUUUAUUUAAGGGUACAGCACCUAAUGGAUUGACCACAUCCUUUUUAAUACCCUCUUACCCUCACAUCUGCCCCCCCCCCGUUUUCUCUAUUUCCCCACUCCUUUCCUUCUUAAUCCUUACCACUAUCUGUAUCCCCUCUAUGUUUUGUAUACAUAUAUAAACAAAUAAAUGUAUAAAUACAACCA